CCCGCAGCGGCAGUUUCCGUCCGUCCCUGUUUCACACUCGACGUUGCGACGCGGUGGCGCGCCACCUCGCGGCAGCCACAAAAUGUCCUUGACGGGGACUGGUUCCUUUGGGAACUAUGAUUUGACAGCCCGUACGACCGGGUCGCCGCUCGCCCGACAGACGACACGCGACCAUGAGGAAGUCGAGGAAAAGGCCCGUGCCAACUCGGCGACGGCCAUUGCCGACACGCAUGCCUCACAGUCCGAAAAGGACGGGGGAGCGGGAGAUGGGACCGACACUGCCGUCGAGGAUGAUGAGGACGCCAUCGAGCAGGAGCGACGCCAUAGCGUCGUGCAGGCUCUGGCAAGAAAGUACACGGCCCAAUCACAUGCGGACGUCAAGGGCGUCAACCCCUUCCAUAUCGCGUCCGAUGACAAGGAGUCGCCAUUGAAUCCCAAUGGUCCCAACUUCAGUGCCCGCGCUUGGGCCAAGGCCGUGGUGGACAUGGUCACCGGUGAGGGCCACCAGUUCCGCACGACUGGCGUUGCCUUCCAGAACCUCAACGUCCACGGUUUCGGAUCCCCAACAGAUUUCCAAAAAGACGUUGUCAAUGUGUGGCUCGAGGCGGUUGGCUUACUGCGCAGGAUCACCGGCCACGGCAAGCGCCGGAUCGACAUCCUGCGCGGCUUCGAUGGUCUGGUUCGGCAGGGAGAGAUGUUGGUCGUUCUCGGUCCCCCGGGUUCGGGUUGCACUACCUUUUUGAAGACAAUUGCGGGCGACUAUAACGGCAUCUACGUCGACGAGAAUUCCUAUUUCAACUAUCAGGGCAUGACGGCCAAGGAGAUGCACACUCGACACCGUGGCGAGGCCAUCUACACGGCCGAAGUCGACACCCACUUCCCGCAGCUGACCGUCGGUGACACGCUGACAUUCGCCGCCCAUGCCCGCGCCCCGCGUCAGCUGCCUCCUGGCGUUUCCAAGACUGCGUUCGCGAACCAUCUGAGAGACGUGGUCAUGGCCAUGUUUGGCAUCAGCCACACCAUCAACACCCGCGUCGGCAACGAGUACAUUCGCGGUGUCUCGGGUGGCGAGAGGAAGCGUGUCACGAUCUCGGAGGCUGCUCUGUCCAACGCGCCAUUGCAGUGCUGGGACAACAGCACCCGUGGCUUGGACAGCGCCAACGCUAUCGAGUUCUGCAAGACCUUGAGGCUGGAAACCGAGCUGUUCCGCAGCACGGCGUGCGUUUCAAUCUACCAGGCACCACAAAGCGCCUAUGACCUAUUCGAUAAGGUGAUAGUGCUGUACGAAGGCCGCCAGAUCUUCUUCGGCAAAGCUAGCGAAGCCAAGCAGUACUUCAUCAACCUGGGCUUCGAAUGCCCCGCCCGCCAGACCACGCCUGACUUUUUGACGUCGAUGACGAGCCCACAAGAGCGGAUCGUCCGGCCCGGUUUCGAAGGAAAGGCUCCGCGCACACCUGACGAGUUCGCCGCCGCCUGGAAGAACAGUGCCGAAUACCGGGCGCUGCAGGCCGAGAUCGAGGAGUACAAGCAGCAACAUCCCAUCAAUGGGCCGGACGCGGAGGCCUUCCGCGCGUCCCGGAGGGCGCAGCAGGCCAAGGCCCAGCGCCCCAAAUCGCCCUUCACUCUCUCCUACACGCAGCAAAUCCAACUCUGCCUGUGGCGCGGGUGGAGGCGGCUGAUCGGCGAUCCGAGCCUGAGUCUCGGAGCUCUGAUUGGCAACUUCAUCAUGGCCCUGAUUAUCUCGAGUGUCUUCUACAACAUGCAGCCGACUACUGACAGUUUCUACCAACGCGGCGCCUUGCUCUUCUUCGCCUGCCUCAUGAACGCCUUCUCUAGCGCCCUGGAAAUCCUGACCCUGUACGCCCAGCGGCCCAUCGUCGAGAAACACGACAGGUAUGCGCUGUAUCACCCGUCCGCCGAAGCCGUCGCCUCCAUGCUCUGCGACAUGCCAUACAAGGUUGCGAACACGAUCGUGUUCAACAUCACUCUGUAUUUCAUGACCAACCUGCGUCGUGAGCCGGGCGCCUUCUUCUUCUUCCUCUUCAUCUCCUUCCUCACCGUCUUGACCAUGUCCAUGAUGUUCCGGACCAUUGCCAGCUCAUCGAGGACGUUGUCUCAGGCCAUGGUACCGGCCGCUAUCAUCAUCCUCGCGCUCGUCAUCUUCACCGGCUUCGUCAUUCCUAUCGACUACAUGUUAGGCUGGUGCCGAUGGAUCAACUACAUUGAUCCUCUGGCAUACGCGUUCGAGUCGCUCAUGGUUAACGAGUUCCAUAACCGAAACUUCAGCUGCGUUCAGUUCGUUCCGAGCCCUGCGGUCCCAGGAUACCAAAACGCGGGACCGACGAACCGUGUUUGCUCUGCGAUUGGGUCCGUCCCUGGCUCAGCAUGGGUCAACGGCGAUGAUUACAUCAACUCCGGGUUCCGAUACUACCAUGCGCACAAAUGGCGUAACAUUGGUAUCAUCUUCGCCUUCAUGAUCGGUUUCCUUGUUUGCUACAUGGUUGCCGCCGAGAAUGUCGCUGCCAAGAAGAGCAAGGGCGAAGUCCUGGUCUUCCGCCGUGGCCACAAGCCGGCAUCGUUCAAGGAGAACAAGGGCGAUGCCGAGUCCGGCGGCAUCCCUGUGGCUGGCCCUGUUGGCAAGGCUGUCAGCGGCAAUGUCUCCGAUGGCCACUCGUCCGACAAGGAGGGCGGCACGCUCCAAAAGUCAACCAGCGUCUUCCACUGGAGCAAUGUCUGCUACGAGGUCAAAGUUAAAGGAGAGACGCGUCAAAUCCUGGACCACAUCGACGGCUGGGUUAAGCCGGGCACCUUAACCGCUUUGAUGGGUGUCUCGGGUGCCGGAAAGACAACCCUGCUCGACUGCUUGGCCGACAGAACCUCCAUGGGAGUCAUCACUGGCGAGAUGCUUGUUGACGGCCGCCCCAGGGACGCUUCGUUUCAGCGCAAGACCGGUUAUGUGCAACAACAGGAUCUACAUCUUCAGACGACAACGGUUCGCGAGGCUUUGAACUUCAGCGCCCUCCUCCGCCAGCCCGCUCACAUUCCGCGUGCUGAGAAGCUUGCUUACGUUGACGAGGUCAUCAAGCUCUUGGAAAUGGAGGAAUACGCCGAUGCUGUCAUUGGUGUUCCCGGCGAAGGUCUCAACGUGGAGCAGAGAAAGCGUCUUACCAUUGGUGUCGAGUUGGCUGCCAAACCGCCCCUGCUACUGUUCGUCGACGAGCCGACUUCUGGUCUUGACAGCCAAACAUCGUGGGCUAUUCUGGACCUCCUCGAGAAAUUGACUAAGAGCGGCCAAGCCAUUCUCUGCACCAUCCACCAGCCCUCUGCUAUGCUUUUCCAGCGCUUCGAUCGGCUUUUGUUCUUGGCCAAAGGCGGAAAAACGGUCUACUUUGGCGACAUUGGAGAGAACUCUAAGACCAUGAUAUCCUAUUUCGAGCGCAAUGGCGGCUUCCCUUGUCCCCCAGAUGCCAACCCGGCUGAGUGGAUGCUUGAGGUCAUUGGCGCAGCCCCGGGAAGUUCGAGCAGCAUUGAUUGGCACCAGACCUGGCGCAGCAGCCCCGAGUAUGCUGCUGUCCAGGCCGAGCUACAGCGCCUCAAGGCUGAUGUGAAGGAGUCUAACCCGAUCACCGACGACCCUGGAAGCUACCGCGAGUUUGCCGCCCCCUUUACUCAGCAGCUCUUCCUGGUCACACACCGUGUCUUUCAGCAAUACUGGCGCACUCCGUCCUACAUCUAUUCCAAGGCUUCUUUAUGUGUCCUGGUUGCACUCUUCAUCGGGUUCGUUUUCUUCAGGGCGCCCAACACGAUCCAAGGCCUGCAGAACCAGAUGUUCGCCAUUUUCAACAUCCUGACUGUCUUUGGUCAGCUCGUUCAGCAGACCAUGCCGCAUUUCGUCAUCCAGCGGUCCCUAUACGAGGUUCGCGAGCGCCCGUCAAAGGUGUACGGCUGGAAGGUGUUCAUGCUGUCUCAAAUCAUCGUGGAACUCCCGUGGAACACCUUGAUGGGUGCGCUCAUGUACUUCUGCUGGUACUACCCCGUCGGCCUCCAGGAGAAUGCUGCGCAAGCCGGACAGACCACCGAACGUGGUGCACUCAUGUUCCUCCUUCUCGUCUCCUUCCUGCUGUUCACAUCUACGUUCACCGACUUCAUCAUCGCGGGCUUCGAAACGGCUGAAGCGGGAGGCAACUUCGCCAACCUCCUUUUCAUGCUAUGCCUGAUCUUCUGCGGUGUUCUCGCCUCUCCCGAUUCGAUGCCUCGCUUCUGGAUCUUUAUGUACCGAGUCAGCCCCUUCAGCUACCUCGUGAGCGCAAUGCUGUCGACAGCUGUGGCCAACACUGAGGUCCACUGCGCCGCCAACGAGUACCUGAAGUUUGAGCCGCUGAACGGCAUGACGUGCGGCGAGUACAUGAAGGAUUGGAUCAGCCAGUUUGGUGGCUACCUUCAGGAUGAGUCGAACACCACGAUGUGCUCUUAUUGCACCAUCCGAGAUACCAACACGUACCUGGCCGGUGUGAGAGCGGACUAUGGCGACAGGUGGCGCAACUUUGGUAUCAUGUUUGCGUACAUCAUUUUCAAUGUCUUUGCCGCCUUGGCCGUCUACUGGCUUGUCAGGGUUCCCAAGAAGAAGCUCGGGAAGAAGAAGAAGGACUAAGUCAACAUGACUUGCCGUGGAAACUUGUGAUGGUCAAGUUGUCGAUUUUCUUGGUGCCGUAUGUUCAACGUGCACAGCCAUCUUUUCAGUUUUUUAUUAUCACGUUUGGGCAAUGUCCCGCCUCCGCGGUGCUCUACGAACCG